AGACGUAGUUGAAAAAAUGGCGCUGUAUUCGGCUGUAAACACAAGAUCUCUAUUUUCAUUUUUAACCGGUGGACUUUUAGGAUUUUUUUUAUCAUUAGUCUUUUUUUAUUCGUUAAAAACAAAUUAUAAUUUCCAUGCAUUAAUUGCAACUAGUCCUCACACCCAUGGUGAGUUAACAAGUCAAAUGGGGCCUGAAGAAGUUCAAGUUUGGAAAGAUGCUAAAUCGCAUUCGCAAGCCGAAGAAGAAUUGAUUCAAAAUUUUAGUCAACAAGUAAGAAUAUUAUGUUGGGUGUUAACAGAGCCAAAAAGCCAUAAACGAAAAGCUAUGCAUGUGAAAGCAACGUGGGGGAAAAGAUGUAAUAAACUAUUAUUUAUGAGUUCAGAGCAGGAUCCAAAUCUUCCGUCCAUAGAUUUAGGAGUUGCGGAGGGUAGAAAUAAUUUGUGGGGUAAAACAAAAGCGGCAUUUCGAUACAUCUAUAAAACUCAUUUAGAAGAUGCAGACUUUUUCUUGAAAGCCGAUGAUGACACUUAUGUUAUUGUUGAAAAUUUAAGAAAAAUGCUUAUGAACAAAGAUUCCCAGAGUAAGAUUUAUUUUGGACGUCGAUUUAGGCCAUUUGUAUAUCAAGGAUACACUUCAGGUGGUGCCGGAUACGUUCUCACUAAGGAGGCUGUUAAAGCGUUUGUUGAGGAUGCUCUACCAAAUCCCUUAUUAUGCAGACAAGAUAAUGGUGGGCCAGAGGAUGUUGAAAUAGGUAAAUGCCUUUCCAACGUAAAUGUAAAAUUAAUGGAUUCACGAGAUGAAUUUGGAAGAGAAAGAUUUAACCCAUUUGAACCACAAUUGCAUCUUAUCAAAGGCGCCGGUAAUUAUUUUACUAUUAAUACUUGA